CUACUACUUAGUACUCAGACUGUCAUUUCAUGGGGUAUUCUCCUUGUUCAGUCAGUGCUUCUUCUUCUGUUUCUCUGUGAUUGCUUUUCCUCUGGAUUUUCUUAUCUGUUUCACCCUUCUGCAGCUGGCAGGCAUCGGCACAGUGAUGUCGCUGUGAAAUUGAGUUGGGAGGAACAGAAUCUCAAGCCCCCGUACACAGGAACACAGAGGCCGAGCCCAACACCGUCCCACCACCAAGCAGGCGAUCUCUCAGCUUCAGCUGCCACGUGCCAUCCUUCCCCUUGCUUAGGGAUAUUACCGAGUCACGCUUCGUGCGCAUAGACCAUGAAUUCUUCUGGGAACGAUAACUGGCAUCCCGGUGGCCCGCCAGCGCAUCCGGGAAUGGACCAGAUGAACCAGCAACCUCGCCCUAUGGGCUCCUUCAGCCAAAACCCACAACCGCAACAGGGUCCAUCAGCGCAACCCACUGGGCCAGUCCUCCCACCUCCAGCCGGUCCUUAUCACUCCGCGAACCAGCCCGGUGGUCAUUCCCUUCCUGGUCUGGCCGAGUUGAGCCACGGUCAUGGCGGCCCACACCAACCUCCUACGUACGGACAACACCCUCAGGGCCCUUCUCACAAUCCUGGCCACUCUUUACCGGGUAUCGGUCAGGCGAUGCAACACCCUUCGCCCCAGUCCCUGAGUCGUGACCGCGAGCGGGACUCCCGGGAACGAGAACUGCUGGAGAGGCAGCGCCAGGAGGAACUAGCCCACAGAGAACGCGAAGUGCGCGAGCGCGAGCGCGAACAAAUCGAGCGUCAGCAGCUGGAGCGACAACGCGAGCAGCAGCAUCACGGGGUUCAGCAUAGUGCUGCCUCGAUCCCUCUGCACCAGCCCGUGGCGUCUAAAGUGCCGAAUUCUAUCCAUGGUCCCAAUGGCCUUCUCUCUAAUUUGAGCUCGAACCCGACAAAUGGUCCUCAGGGCUCUAUGCCAACAUCUGGAGGUCCGGCUGGGCUCUAUGGCCAGCAGAUGCAGCAUGGCGAAGGAACACCGCGGUCUUACAUGCAGCAUCCUACAGGACCACCUGGUCAGGCAAUGUUGGGAUUCAACGGCUCAGGCCCUCCAAUCCCCGGAGCUGUUGGCAAUGUCGCUGCCCUCGCUCAGCAGGGUCAGCAGCCGAUUUUAAAUGAUGCCCUCAGCUAUCUAGAUCAAGUGAAGGUCCGAUUUGUCGACCAGCCCGAUGUCUACAAUCGGUUCCUCGAUAUAAUGAAGGACUUCAAAAGCCAAGCAAUCGAUACCCCAGGGGUGAUCCAGCGCGUUUCGACUUUGUUCAACGGCCACCCUACUCUGAUUUCAGGGUUUAACACUUUCCUCCCGCCAGGCUACCGGAUCGAGUGUGGAACAGAAGAUAAUCCGGACGCGAUUCGGGUCACAACCCCGUCAGGCACAAACACUCUGAGUAUGCCUCGUACCAGACACUCCCUGGAGUCCACUGGAGAGCUUGGGCCAUCCGGGGGUAUGACUUCUCACGGUCGGGCUGAGUACUAUGAGCAGUCACGUCCUGGUUGGCAGCAACCGCAGCCUCAACCGCAGCCCCAGCAGCAGCCUCAGCCACAGGGCAACUUGCCAGGGUCAUACUCUCCUGGGUCCCGUAUUAUACCCGGUAUCUUCGGACAACAGGGUGGACAGAACCAGCCCCAGGACCAUCAUUUCGACUUUCCCACCCAACAAGAGCAGCAGGCGGCGGCAGGGGCGGCGGCCAUGGCUCACCAAUCCGAUCAGCGGGGCGUUCAUCUCCAGGGAGCUCCCUCUGCUGCCGCUGCCGCUGCUGCCGCAGGCUUGGGAAGGCCUUCAUUGCUGCACAUGGCUGGACCCCCUGCCCAAGGCCCCAACAUUAACCAAUCAAUGAACAACUUAGCCGGUGUCGGAACAGGAAUGCUUCAGGGCGGCCAGGCAGACUUGAACAAGCGUGGUCCCGUAGAGUUCAAUCAUGCAAUUAGUUAUGUCAACAAGAUCAAGAAUCGGUUCGCAAGCGCUCCUGAGAUCUACAAGCAGUUCCUGGAAAUACUGCAAACAUACCAGCGUGAAUCAAAGCCAAUUCAGGAUGUGUAUGCCCAGGUUACUCAGCUGUUCAACACGGCGCCAGAUCUAUUGGAAGACUUCAAGCAAUUCCUCCCAGAGUCGGCUGCUCAUGCGAAACAGCAGGCUGCCGCUCGCCAGGCCGAGGAGGCUGCUCCCACGAGCAACAUUCGCGGAGAAGCAAGCUACCCAAGCGCCCCUAACCUUCCUUCACAAACUCCUAAUCGUGAUGUGAAGAUGCCACCUCUGGGUCAGUUCAAUGUCAAGGACUCUGCCAAGGAUGGCAAGAAACGGCGGGGUGGACCUGGAGGCCCAUCCACCAUGGGCUCAUCAAUAUCCGGACCGUCGGCUGAUACGGCACGGAUGGCUGAGUCCCAGGCUGGCCGGGCUCCAGCGAUGCAACCGGGUGCUGCUAAUAAGCGAGCCAAGGUCCAUCAUAAACCCUCCCAGGCGGAAGCUCCAGCUGUGUCGCCCACACUGGUUCCUGCGCUCCCCGAGCCGAUUCAACCCUCCUUCUCUUUGACACCUACCCAAGAGGAGUUCGCUUUCUUCGAUCGUGUCAAAAAGUAUAUUGGGAAUAAACAGACUUUCAGUGAGUUCCUCAAGUUGUGUAAUCUCUACUCCACGGACUUGAUCGACAGACACGUUCUCGUCAAGAGAGCUGCCAACUACAUCGGCGCCAACCCUGAACUCAUGGCUUGGUUCAAGCGCUUUAUGCACGUCGAUGAGCCUGAAGACAAGAUCGUUGACGUCAAGGCGAAACAAGAGCCUGGCCUCGUCAAUUUGUCACACUGCCGCUCGCUUGGUCCGAGCUAUCGGUUGUUGCCAAAGCGUGAACGACAGAAGCCUUGCAGCGGUCGCGACCAGCUCUGUUACAGCGUUUUAAAUAAUGAGUGGGCUUCCCACCCGACAUGGGCUUCCGAAGACUCUGGAUUCGUGGCCCAUCGCAAAAACCAGUUCGAGGACGCUCUGCAUCGGAUUGAAGAGGAUCGGCACGACUACGAUCAUUAUAUUGAGGCUUGCACGCGCACUAUCCAACUCAUCGAGCCUAUUGUGCAGCAGUUCCUUGUCAUGACCGAUGCGGAGAGGGCUGCGUUCAAGCUGCCUCCUGGACUUGGCGGUCAGAGUGAAGCCAUCUACCAGCGUGUGAUUAAGAAGAUCUACGACCGACAGCGUGGCGCAAAGAUUAUCAAAGAGAUGUUCGAGAGGCCCUGUCAUGUUCUGCCCAUCAUUUUGUUCCGCCUGAAACAGAAAUGCGAAGAGUGGAAGGCUAGCCAGCGCGAGUGGGACAAAAUCUGGCGCGAGCAGAUGCAGAAGGCCUACUGGCGUAGUUUAGAUCAUCAAGCUAUUGCCAGCAAGGGCACCGACAAGAAGCUCUUUGUGGCGAAGCACAUUCAGACCGAGAUUCAGAACAAAUUCGAAGAGGGACGAAACCUACGCAAGAGCGGAUACCAGGUUCCCCGGCAUCAAUUCGAAUACACCUUUGAUGACCCGGCUGUUCUUAUCGAUGCCACACACCUGCUGCUCACCUUCAUUGACCGGAACUCGGCUGGGUUUGGGGCCGAUCCUCAAAAGGUGAUGAACUUCAUCAAAGACUUCAUUCCAGCCUUCUUCGGUAUGGACCGUGAUACCUUCCAUGUCUACAUGAAUGAGUUGUCGAGCGGCACACCUCCGAUUGACGAAGGCGAUGAUGAAAGUCUGGCAGCAGAGGACGCUUCCACCCCGCGCAGUCGCAAGGGUGCCGCCGGGAAGAAGAUGGGUCUUCUCCGCGACGUUCUCGAACGCGCUGGCGAAAAGGUCCACCGGGCCGAGAAAGACGGCAGUGCCCCGAAUAGUCGCGAUGUCACCCCUGAUGCGGUUUUGGUUCCGUCGACACCCAUUCCUAACCCCGCUGAAUCAUUUGACGUGGCUGAAUUAAAAUGGAUGGAACAUCCGGGCCAGGGCAACUUCAACCAGCAACGCGAGUACAAUCUCAACGAGACGUAUGGCAAGAAGGUGCAUCAUCUGUAUGCCAACCUGAACAUCUACUGUUUCUUCCGUACCUUUGAGAUCUUGUAUUCACGCCUGCUACGCAUCAAGCUGCACGAGAAGAUUGCUCAUGCCGAUGUGCGUCGCGCAUUGGUCGGCAAGCCGGCGCAGGAGCUCAAUCUCAUUGACAAAUACCCCACCGACUUAUUCUAUGACUGCGAUCCGAAAGCCAAUCUGUAUCAGCAGAUUGUGCGGAUGUGUGAGGAAGUGAUCAAGGGCGACAUGGAGACCGCGCAUCUGGAGGAGACCCUUCGUCGAUACUACUUGCGGAGCGGAUACCAGCUGUACAACCUGGAGAAGAUGUUCACUGGUAUCUCUAAAUUCGCGGGAGCCAUCUUCAGUGGGGAUUCCAAGGACCGCAGCUCUGAUAUCAUGAACCUCUUCUUUAAGGAGCGCGAUAGGGAGGAGACCACUCAUAACCAAGAGAUCCAGUACCGCAAACAAGUGGAGCGGCUGGUGAAGGACGGCGAUAUGUACCGCAUUACCUACCACCCUGGCAGUAAGAAGACUGCAGUGCAGCUCUUGACUCCGGAGGACGCCACGCUGGAGAAUGAGGAACUCAGCCCGGAAGCACGGUGGUCGUACUAUGUCUCGGCCUAUACCAUGCGGGAUCCGACGGAAGGCGUGGCGUUCUCGCAGAUGCGCAUGCCUUUCCUGAAGCGGAACCUGCCGGCCAAGCUGGAGCAAGAGGAGGAGUACAACCGGUACUACCGGCCAUUAGUGCACCAGGACGGCCUGAUCAUCCGCAUCUGCGCCAAUAGCUACCACAUUCUGUACGAGCCUGGCAGUUCCGACUGGUGGUGGCGGCCCACUGCUGCCGCGGACGAGUCGGCGGAGGAGGUGGCCAGAGAAGAAGCGGCUGUCAAGGAACGACGGCGGGACCGGUUCAUGGAGAAGCUGGUCAAUAAUCCUAGCUGGGCGCACGGACUGAGCAAGGAUCAGGUGGAUGAGUCUAACCAGCGGUUCCGAUCGUGGAUCAAUGGGCCGGAGGGCGACAGUGGUGCUAGUGCUGGUGCUGCUGCAGGGACUCCCGCGGGGUCUGGGUCCGAAGCCAAGGACAACAAGGAAGAUGCAGAGAUGACAGACGUUGCACAGCCUGCAUCAGAGUCAAAGGAGCAAUGAGCGUGAUGGUCCCGACUGAAUGAUUUUGGGAGGCGGACACCGCGGGAUGACUCUGAUGAUGAUUGAUACUUAAGCGGGGAGGGCUGACUCUGGCCUCAGUUGCGAUGCCCCCCAUACCAUAGUAUGAAUGCCUUGGUGAUAACCCAACUGUAAACGUUUGUUGUUGCUUAUUUUCACAUUUCUUCCUUUCUCUCGCCUGCUUGACUCCAGCCAGGUCCGUGUUAUUAUUUUCUUCUUGAUGUCCAUGGCAAGUGUAUAUCUCUCUCUCUCUCUCUCUCUUCCUGAUCAGCGAAUACGGUAUCUUUGGUUUGCAUGAAUGGGUAUUUUUUUCUUCUUCUGUUUGUCGGUUUAGAGCUCUGUAACUUGUACUGCAUAUGAAGAUAAUCUCAG